AUGCAUAAGAGUAGUCAAGAACUUAGUACCCCACAGAUCGUUGGGAACUUCAAGGUAUACAACGUGAGUGGUUCGACUUUUGAGGUGCCGCUAAAGUACACGGUCUUGAAAAUUCUAGGUAUGGGGGCCUACGGCAUCGCCUGCAGCUGUCUGGAUAACGAGACCGGGCAAAAGGUAGCAAUAAAAAAGUGCCGUGAUAUAUUUCGAGAUAUUGAGGAUGGCAAGCGUGUUUUGCGUGAGGUCGCCAUGAUGCGCUUUUUUAAUCACGAAAAUUUGCUGAAUGUGAUUGACAUCUUGCCACCAAUGAAACGGAGCUUCACCGAGUUCAAAGAUAUUUACGUGGUGACGCCACUUAUGGACGUCGACCUCAAUGUGGUGUUGCGGUCACGUCAAACUCUAGAGGAAUCUCACAUGCAGUAUUUUGUAUACCAAACAUUACGGGGUCUAAAGUAUUUACACAGCGCCAACGUCGCGCACCGGGACCUGAAGCCAGCGAAUCUCGUCACGAAUAUAUCCUGUGAUCUGAAGCUUAUAGACUUCGGCCUGAGUCGUAGCAUAGACGUGCCGCUUGCUGAUCUCACAGACUAUGUCAUCACCCGCUGGUAUCGACCGCCGGAACUGCUCUUAGAGAACACCAAUUAUACUACUGCUGUCGAUAUCUGGUCCGUUGGGUGUAUUUUUGCAGAGAUGUACAAUCGAAGGCCUGUCUUCCCGGGGCGCAAUACUGUGGAUCAGCUACGACUGAUCGCCCAGCACGUGGGCAAGCCACCAGCCUGCAUUGUGGAACACAAGGAUGCCCUCGAAAAGCUCAAUGGGCUACCAGAGGGUUCCUUGAACAUUCCCAAACUUGUCCCAGGGCUUGCUAGCAGCAAGGAUGGGAUGGAUUUUCUGGCCAAACUGUGGACUCUGGAUCCGCUUAAACGUCCGAGUGCCGUGGAAAUGCUGGCGCAUCCGUUUCUUGCACAUUUACACGAUGAAGAUGACGAGCCAAGCUGCCCGCAGCCCUUUCAGUGGCCGUACGAGGGGAUGCUGAUGAGUGUACUUGAUCUGCGCAGGGCAUUCUGGAAGGAGAUCACGGACUUUAAUCCUGAUUUGUUGUCUAGUAGCGAAGCGGUAGGAGGCACGACGAGUGGCCUACUUCACCCACGCAGUUACAAAGAGUACUGA